AUGCUGACCAACUUUGACACCAUCACCAACGAGCAUCACGGGCGGGUAUCCUCACCCUUGCCCAUGUCCGCCGUGUAUAACAAGGAGCACUUCAUUUCCCAGUUCAUCUCCCUCCACCACGAAAGCACACAGCCAACAAUGAUCCACCAGCUUCUUAGCGCAGGGUUGCCCCACACCUUUUCAGAGUUCUGGAUUCUCUAUGACGAUUACAAUCGACCUGUUGCAUGUGUCGGCGCUAACACUGUCAUCUCAAACAUUUCCGCGGGCUACAUCGGCCUCUUUGAGGCCAAAACCGAGCAAGCUGGAACAGCCGUACUCAAGGCAGCGACUGAAUGGUUGAAACGAGGAGGCCUAAACGAGUUCGAACCGGUCCAUCAGAUCAUUGGACCAGUCAACAUGACAACUUGGCUGCAGUAUCGACUUCGGGUCGACACCGAUCCGCAGCCCUCAAUGUCGUUCGAGCCCAGACAUCCAGAGUUCUACCAGGCGUGCUUUGCGCAGGCCGGCUUCACCAAGGCUGCGGACUAUUACUCAGCCUUCUUUGACAUGGACCAGCUACUCGAAAACUAUUACAAAUAUGUCCAUGGCGAUACUCUCGAAAAGCUAGGACUUCUUCUGCAGCCAUGGAAUACAUUGGAUUUUCCUGCAUCGCUCAAUCCCGAGAGACACCCUGACCUUACGCCUCAAGACAACGUCGCAAAGCGCGUUUACGACCUCAGCCUUGAGCUGUUCCGAGGAAAAGAAUUCUUUGACGACACCUUCUCUCGAAUGAACCACCGCCAGGUUGUCUUGAACGAUAUGAUCUCGCGUCCUGAAGUCGACAACGCCUCUUUGAUGGAUCUCUCAACAUUUGUGGUUGACUCGAUGACGGGAGAGGAUAUCGGGUACGUGGCUUGCUGGGUCGAGAACAAUGAAACCCUGGUCAUCAAGACACUUGGCUUUCUAUCCAAGGCCAGAAAGACCAAGGCGUUUGCAGUCAGCAUCCUGGAGAUAGCACAGAGAGCCAAGGAUCGUUGGGCUUGCACCAAAGUCGUAUGCGCCCUCAUGAACAGCAAUACUGUGCUUUCGGCGGAAAGGGUUGCAGGAAAGAGCCUACGACACGUCUAUCGGCUCUACAUUCACCAACAACCCAAGCCAACAAUGGUUCGCCAAAGCAACCAGGAAAGUUAUCACGGACACAUUCAGGAUGAACGGCGCCUGCAGGACAAACUCCCUCUAAUUCAAUCGACGGUAGCCGCAUUCACAUCCACAUCUCCGACUUCAGCACUAGUGAAUGCCGAGCCAAGGUCGAGCCAUCUAGAAGCGAAGCAGCGGCUAAAGGAUAUUGCUCAACGGUCGAGAGGUCGAGCUACGGCCCGCCUUUAA